AUGUCCGCCGCCAGAGAUAUAGCUAACUCGGUCGCUCUAUCGGGCGCGAGGAUUAAUUUGGGUACGACCCCGCCCGACAAAGAUCUGACCGAAUCCAAGCUAUUAUAUUUGAUCUCGAUCUCAAAACAAGUAAAGACCCCAUUAUGGUCUGCGGGGAAGCGCCAGGAUCGAGGAAACAGCUUGGCUUAUGUUACAAAGGCGAGCUAUUCGACAGCUUGA